AUGAAAAUAGUUAUUUGUCUAUGUCUUAUACUUUAUUGGUUAAGUUUUCCUGUUUAUCCUUUUGGUCAUUCAUUAUUACCACUUUUUUCUCUUGAUCCAUCUUAUAUAAAUAUAAAUCAUGGUUCAUAUGGUUCAGCACCAAAAUAUAUUCAUGAAAAACUUCGAGAAUACCAAUUAAAAGCUGAACGUAAUCCUGAUCGAUGGUUUCGUUUAGAUGUUCAAAUUGAAAUGGAAAACUUACGAAAAAAAUUAAGUAAAUAUGUUAAUUGUGAUCCAGAUGAUCUAGUUAUACUUGAUAAUGUAUCAGCUGGAAUAAAUUCAAUUCUUAAAUCAUUAAAAUUUCAAUCAAAUGAAACUAUUUUAUAUUAUAAUAUUGCAUAUGGAAUGGUUAAAUUAACAUUACAAUAUCUUUCAACAGAAAUUUUUACUCAGAAACAAAUUAUACAAAUAGAACUUAAUCAUCAAACUAUUCAAAAUACAAAUUUAUUAUUAAAAAAAACUCAAGAUAUAAUAAAUAAAAUAAAAAAUGUUAAAUUAAUUAUUUUUGAUCAUAUUAGUUCAACACCAGCAAUAUUAUUUGAUAUUGAAUCAAUGUUAAAAUAUUUUCAUAGUCAAGGAAUUUUAACACUUAUUGAUGGUGCACAUGCUAUUGGUGCAAUUGAACUUAAUUUAACAAAAUUAAAUCCAGAUUUUUAUUUAUCUAAUACACAUAAAUGGUUGUAUACUCAUCGAAGUUCUUGUUUACUUUAUAUAAAAAAAGAUCUUCAAAAAUUAAUUCAUCCAAUAAUAACAUCAUUUGGUUAUUUACAAUCAUUUCAAAAUGAAUUUUUUUGGCUUGGAACAAAAGAUUAUAGUUCUUAUUUGACUAUAUCAGAUGCAUUAGAUUUUCGACAAACAAUUGCAAAUGAAAUAGAUAUUUAUAAUUAUAAUCAUCAAUUAGCUAUUCAAGCUGGAUAUUUACUUGCACAAAUGUGGAAUAGUUCAAUAUUAAUAUCAAAUGAAAAAUUUAUAAGUACAAUGAAUAAUAUAGAAUUACCUUUAAUUAUUAAUACAUUAGAUAAAAUGAAUAUUUUAUAUCAAAAAUUAAUAAAUCAAUAUAAUAUAUUUUUACCAAUGAUUGAAUUUGAUAAGAAAUUUUAUUGUCGAAUUAGUGCACAAAUAUAUAUGGAAUUAAAUGAUUAUCAAACUGUUGGAAAGAUUGUUUUAGAUGCUAUUUCAACUAUAAACUUUUUGCCAAGUUUAAAAUAA